GAAUGCAUUAAGCUGAGUGAAGAAACCACAACAUCCUCCAGCAGAAUAUUUGUCAAAAUUUUAUUCCAGGAGCUCUGUGAAUACAUGGGACUUCCAAAGCUUAAUGCACGAUUGAAGGAUGAGACAUUACAGCCUUUCUUUGAAGGCCUGUUGCCUCGGGAUAAUCCAAGAAACACGCGAUUUGCUAUCAACUUCUUUACUUCUAUUGGUCUUGGAGGACUGACAGACGAACUACGUGAACACCUGAAAAAUGCUCCAAAGAUGAUUAUGACAAAAAAACAGGAUGUUGGUUCUUCAGAUUCUUCAUCAUCUUCCGCAUCCGACUCCGAUUCAUCUUCAGACUCAGAUUCUGAUAGUACCAGCAGUGAUAGUGAUAGCAGCUCAGGGUCAUCAAGCGAAGGUGACUCUUCAUCCAGCAGCAGUAGCAGUGGAAGCACUAGUGGUGGCUCAGAUGACUCCAAAUCUAAAAAGAAGAAAGGCAAAGAACCAGAAAAGUCAUCUAGCAAAAAAACACACAGUGAAAAAGAACGAGCUGGAAAUAAACAAGAUAAUAGGCAGCGAGAGAACAGUCAUGAAAGGGAAAAAGAAAGAAAUUCUGAAAAGCAUGGUAGUAAAAAUUCUAGACAUCCAGAUGGGGUGGAUGACAUCGCAAAACAUAGAACAGAUUCAUAUGACAGGGACCGUAAGCAUAUGGGUCGGGACAGAGAUCAUGACAAAAAUAUGUCCUCGGAAGACAAAUAUAUUGACAGCAGAAAGGAAGAAGAGUAUGGGAGAAAUAGUAGCCGAACUGAAAAUGAUAGACACAGAAGUACUGAGGAUGAUUACAAUCGUCGAAGGAGAGAGAGGUCAAAAUCUAGGGAAAGAACUCAUAAAGAUAAAAGUCCAAGAGACAAUAGUGAGGAUCGCUAUCGAAAUGGUGUAGAUAGACGGUCUGAAACAUACAGUAAAGAGAGCAGAUAUACAGAGAGACAUAGAGACUCUAGGAAAAAAGAGGACAGGUGGAGAGAGACAUCCCCACGAAGGCGAAAGUAGCACUGGACUAUGAAUACUGAACUGAUGGUGUUUUUAUAGAUGUUUAAAACUGGAUAGUUUUAAAAUCCAGUGGUGAACAGGAAAGCAGAACUGAUACAUGUACAGAAGUACUUGUUUAUAUUUGUAAAUGCCACUGGAAUUUUAAAAAGUUUGUUUCGGUGGCCUAUCUUUUUGUAAUCAUAGUAAUAUGCCAACCCUUUUGUUUCACCACCUCCGAAUUAAAUACUCUGAAAUUGCCAGUUAAUUUAUAACAGAACCUUCAAUAUUUUUGUGGGUGGUGAACAUUCGGUUAAACAGUCUCUUUUAAAUAAGAGAUUUGACAUUGAUUUUGUGUCCUGUAAAUGUUUUCUUUUUGUCAGAGUUAAAUAAACUGCCUCCAACUGUA